CAGAGGGGAGGGCUUUGGAAUACGUAGCAUUUAGUCUAACAAAAGACGCAUUUAUCAGUCAUAACUCUUCCUAUUCUUAUAACCUAAAUUCAGAAUAAGAUAUAUAUUGUAUAAGAGAUUAAAUAUAAUGGCAGCGAUGGUAGGACUGGCGAUGAAUCCGCCGCAUACGACAGACGAAAGGGCUGUUUUCACGCAGCUGAAGCCGGUGAGGAUGCCUGCAGCGGAUGGCGUUGAGGAAGCGGCCGUGUUUGAGGACGUCAAACCCGGGAUUCGAUUAGAGUUGGACAAAUACCUGCCGGAGGUCAACGGUCCUCUGCUGAGUAACCUGAUCGACACCGUGGAGAGGAAGCACCGACGAGGCAGCGCCUCCUUGGUCGACGAGUUCUUCUCGGACGACAAAAGUGUGACCCCUUACAGCCUCAACAUCAACGUCAUCCUCCCCAACACCACCCACCUCCGCACAGGCCUCUACCGGCCCAACAACAAGACUCUGUCGGUGCAGCAGAUCAAGACGGAGCCCGGGCUAGAGGUGCCCUGCUCCAUCACCUCCUCCAGCACCCAGGCCCUGCCCGACUUCACCUCCGUGUUCAGCGUGCCGCCUGUCGUCAACAACGUCUUCAUCAAACCAGACAUGAGCUUAGGGGUAGUGAAUGUGUCCACAUCAUCCCAACAGCACCACCACCAGCACCAGCACCAGCAACAGCACCAGCAACAGCACCAGCACCAGCAUCAGCACCAGCAUCAGCACCAGCAAAAUAUGGACACGGAGCUCCACAUCGGCCCCCCGGCCCCUCAGUCGCAGGUCUACCACAUGCCUUUAUCCAGCUGUGGGGACCUCACCAUGACUCUGUCCCACAGCAGCCCGUCAACACACGCCUCAGCGAGCGGCAGGACCAUGCUGAACCUUGGCAACGUCGCAUUGCAGACAAACAACGGCAACUACAUGAUGGCCGAGCACCAGGUACAGCAGCAUCAUGGUUAUUACCAGGCCUCUCCGUCACACACAGCGCCACACAGCCUGCCCCCGUCCCCCCCCAACUCUCAGCCGGGGAGUCCAGACAAUCAGGCGGAGCUGCUGAGUUUACCGCCGCAGCUCCACCUGGCCUACCAGCAGCGCCUGGGAGGGAUGAAGGUGACGGGGCUGUCUCCACAUGCCAUGCUGAUGACACACGGCCAGGGGGUCCUGACGGGCCCCAAAUACAACAGGCGGAACAACCCGGAGCUGGAGAAGAGGAGGAUCCACUUCUGUGACUUCCAAGGCUGCUCCAAAGUUUACACAAAGAGCUCCCAUCUGAAGGCUCACCAAAGGACGCACACAGGUGAGAAGCCGUACCGCUGCACAUGGGAAAGCUGCGACUGGCGUUUCGCCCGGUCAGACGAGCUCACCCGACACUACCGGAAACACACCGGAGCGAAACCCUUCAAAUGCAUCGCCUGCAGCCGCUGCUUCUCCCGCUCCGACCACCUGGCCCUGCACAUGAAGCGCCACCAGAACUAACAUCUGGAUGUACACAAACCAUCCCAUAAUCACACACAAACACGGCAGGAUCCACACACCUGAACAGACACAAAAUCAUCCCUGUGGAGCCGUGGAGCUCCAUGGUAACACACCUUGAUUGAUAGCAGAGAAAAUAACAGAGACUUUGGUCAAUCCAUGGUGGACAUUUGAAGGGAAAUGGGAGAAAAUUCAAAAUUAAAAGCAAGUUUUUAAUGAAGGUUCUGGUUUAUUCAAUGAGACUCGGCUAUUAUGGUUGGAUAGCAUAUUCUUCCAGACUAGUAGAACAGUUCAAAAUACACAUUUAGAUGUUUAUUUGACAAAUGGUGUCUAUUUGUGUCUUAAGAUGUCUUCUCGAUUCACAAAAAAUAGCAUCAAUCUUCUAAUAUUAAAGUAUUGAACUGCCUCAUUUGCAUAUCAUAAGGUACAAUUGGCAAAAACUUGUACCUAACUUGGAAAGUGUUAUGUUUGUAUAUCAGGUACAAAUCUGGCCUUGUGUUAUUCUGCUGCUUUUUCUCUUCUCAUGGAAACAGAGGAAGUGGUUUCUGGCGGUUGUGAACAGAACCGUCACGGCGCUAUUAUACGCAAUAUUUCUGCUAUCAGUCAACACAGUGUUUGCUGAACAUUUAACAGCAGAGCUAAUGAUCUACCCGGGACUCCGAGAUGAUUUUCUGUCUGUUCUCAUCACUGAAACAGAUUUAAAACACACGUACACACACUUCACAUCAGAACAUUUGGGACUUCUUCUGAUUACAACCUGGAAACAACAUGAACUGUCUGUUGUCCAACAAAUCUGCCACCACCUCCAUCUUUGAUCAGUUUCCGUCUUUUCUCAUUUUGAGAUAUGAACUUUAAAUGACAGGUUCGUCCUGCCUUUGUAAAUACUUGUUUAUACAUGUGUGCAUAUGUAUGUGUGUGUGUGUGUGUGUGUGUGUGUGUGUGUGUGUGUGUGUGUGUGUGUGUGUGUGUGUGUGUGAAUACAAUGAAUGUAUUGAGAUUUAUACUUGACAUCCCUUUUUUUUUCUACAUCAAACGUUGUAAAAUUCCAUGUUGUGAUUUAAUCUCCCUCUAAGGGCCCUUUACAAAAAACUCAACAGACUUUCAGAGAACUGGAAAAGUUAAUAAUCUGCCUGUCAUGCUUGUUUCGGCACAGGUAAUACCUGUCGAUCUCACAGCGGAGCGAUUUGCCAAUGUUUGUAUCCGUGAUAUUACCUGUUGCCACAGCGACCAGCUCCUCUGACGACAGUUUCUAUUCAGUGCUGUGUUCCCCCCGUGUUUGUUCAUCACUUGAACUAAAGAAAGAAAGACAGAAAUGGGUGGAUAGACCUGUUGUGUAAUCGUUCCUGAUUGUGUUUUUAAAUGUAGGCUACAGUGCGGUGGGUAAAUUGCACUCACGGAUUGCAGAGUCCUGUUAACUGGCUGAACGACAGGUUAACGUGCACCUGAUGCGCGGUAUUAAUAGUCACUUGUGGCGGCUGCUUUUAAAGUAUAUACAUUUUUUGAAAGCUCUGGGAUGCCCACGCAUUUUUGUGCAGUGAUGUAUGCUUUAAAACGACAGGAAUUACAAGAGGGGGGGAAAUGUUGCUCAGUACAAAAAGGAUUCACUCUAUAAACUGAACGUGAAAAAUCCUCAUCCACCAUUUCUCUUUUAGAUUAAAUAACAUUAAAGUUAAAAUGAAAGAAAUUAAAAUCAUUGUUCAUUUGUAAAUUUAAACAUCCCAGUAUGAAAUCUCUCUUGAUACAAGGCAAGCUAUUUCUUAAUUUACUCUUUUUUUGUUAUUCUGUGUAAUAACUUAAUUGAAGUCUUCCAAUGGAGCUCAUGGAUGGAUCCAUGCCAUUUAUUUUACAAAAAUACCGAAAUUCAACGAUUUGGAGGCUGGCAGUGAAUUAUGGCUAACUGCUUUAUUGUGAACCAAUAUUUUUAGAAGCCUGAUUUUGACUUUCCUUCACUGUUUCAAGCACGUUUAAGUCAUUAAAACAUAAGAUCUGUUGCCCCCAGUAAUGCCCACAAUGAUACAUCAUGCCUGCAGCUCAAAUUUUCUUUCAGCACCGGAAAUAUUUAUUCGGUUAAACGGGUCAUAAAAUGUUAUAUUGUAAGAACAGUUCUGCCUGUUCACCUGCGCCACCUAUUAAACUAACAGUAGAAGCAUCUAGUGAACGUUGCCAUUAUCGCCCCCUACAGGCAAAGAUAAUAAUAACUCCUGUAAUUGCACCACCUGCAGGCAGUGAAUGUUAGCGGUGAAUUUUGUUGUUUGUUUCCUCGUAAAUUAAACCUUUUUCUGGCACUUGACCAUCAGAAAACAGCACUAACAUACACAAAUGCAAAUUAAUUUACAUUAACAGUUCAAAGACAGAAAUAUUGGUGGUAUUUUGUGUCUAUUCGGCUUCUUUUGUCCUCUCUUUAAAGCUUUAAAUUAAAAAAAUUCAACCUCAAAAACACUAUCUAUAUUAACAAUUGCAGUUGUACUUUUUGCCCGUAUGGAGCAGACCACAAUGUCUACGUUUAUAGUUUUUUUUAACUUCUGAUGCUGGUAGUUUUAUUGCCUGUAGGUGGCGCUGGUUGGACUGGACCUGCCGCUCUGAACUGAUUGAACGAUACUGCCUGAGUUGUUAAAGAUAUUUUGUUCUUCGCCCUUUUAAAAACUCAAACUUUAGGAGCAGAAACUUGUCAUUUCUUUAACAGUUAUAUUUUUGUGAUGCAGGAACGUUUAGACUGUAGCUUCUACCCACCCUGUACUCCAUAAAAACAAGCGUUUAUCGACAUAUUAUUAUUUCAACUCUUUGAUUGUCUUAAUUUUACUUCUAAACGUUUCUCUCCAAGGAAACCAGUUCUCCUGCCUCUCUCUCGGGGGCGCGGACCACCCACUGUGUAAAUAUCUGUAGUUUAAACAGAAGACUUUGUAAAUAUUUGUUUGGUUUUAUUUACUAUUAUAAUAUUAAUAUUUUUUUUCUUUUUUAACUAAUGGGAUUUAGAUCAGUUGUAUGUGAAUAUGUGUUAAAUUUGUUUUGAUACUUAUGUUUAAGAGAAUGUAUCAGUUUAUGUACAAUUGAUGAGAACAACAAUGGUGUAUUUACUGUUUUCUGUUUGUGAAAAAAGUUGCAAUGAAAUAAUAAAAAGAUUCAUAAA